AACAGCAGCUUCUCACAUCCUCACCCAGACCACACACCUUCCGCACAAGCUUCAGUGUCACCUAGCCUCGAGCCUCCGCUUUCAAAAUGUACUUCGCCCGUGUCCUCGUCACCCUCGGUCUCCUGACUGCCUCCACCAUGGCCUGCACGGCCGGCACUUGGUCCUGUGGCAACCAGAACGGCGCUCCCGGCCCGGACGGCGCUGUCUAUGAGUGUGACUCCACCGGCAACUGGGUCGAGACUGCUCUGUGCGGCGGUACUACGUGCUGCUUCAGCACUGGAAGCAACGCCGGAUGCUCGUGCUAAAGAGCCCAAAGACUCACGAGGUCUUGUGGAAUCUUGCAGGCACAUCUGGGAAAGAUCACGGACUAGGUGGAGAUCAUGGUUUUCUUAGUGUUCCUUGCAGUCUCUCGUAACGUAUGAGAAAUACUGCAGUGUCGGUCGUUACAAUUGUUGAUGAUAUCGACCGGGCCCGGUCACAUGCAGAUUAGCAACGAAUCAAACAUUUU